CCCUCCCGUCUGGCCCCGGCCCGCAGCGUCCCGAAGGCCGCCCUGCCCUCCCCCGACCUCCCGCAGCUCCUUCACCCCUGAGGCCCGGGGCCCAGGAGAGGGGGAAACCCGGGAAGGGAGUCAGAAAGUUCUGUUGGGAGUUUGGGGCUUGCUGCGGACGCGGGAGCUCUUGCUGCUCCGCUCUCCUCCAGCACGCCCCCAACUUAACCCCUUCCCUCCCGCAGUAGGUUCGCGGCCUGGAGGGAGUUCCCGGGACGCGUUGGCUCUCAGGCCCCUGCACUGCCAACCCCGCUCACCUCGGCCGGGGACCCGCGGGCUCCGGACGUCCGACCCGCCGCGGCUGGGCGGAGCGGCUACGCGCCCCUUUUGGAGCUUCCUCCCUUGGGAGUGGGUGUCUGCGGUUUUGGUGUGAGAAGACUGGUGCUCUCUUUACCACAUCCUGUGCCCUGGAUGGCCGCUGAGUAAAAGUUUGACGAAUGAAAAUCAAAGGGCCAGAAGGCAUGGGUUCGAGACAAUUUGGCGUUAAACGGACACUUCCCUUGGAUGCCACCAGGACUGAGAAAGACUGAAAAGGAAAUGACUUUCGUGAUGUGACUCAGUUUAUCUAAUGCCCUGUCGGGAUGUCAUUAGCAGAGCAGCAGGGUAAGCAGCCCCCCACAUGGAGAGACAUUUCAUGGGGGCUUGGAUGUGGCUCCCCCAGGGUAGGGAGUGGGAUGUGGCUUGCUCUCCUCCUUGCCUGGGGGGCUGAACAAAGGCCUGGCAUGCCUCCUAAAGCAGAAACAUCUGGCAUGUUUUAUACGGGAAUUGGAGGCAGAGAAGUCUUCCCAGAGGAGAUAGGACUUCAGCUUUGAACUGAGGGAUGCCGAGGAGCUGGAGUGCCACCCAGGCUUCUGCGCAGGAAGUGACUGCUGUGGGACCGGCUUGUCUAGACCCCUGGCUCAAGGAGAAGCUGACCAGCCUUCCAGCCUCACAGUUCUAGCCACAUUUUCUGCGCUCUGCUCCCAGCGAGGCCUUUCUCCAACGGGCUUUGCUCGGGGUCCGGCCGUCAUCCUCCCCAGGCCUCAGGCCCCCCCCCCCCCCCAUCUGUGAGACUUCACGGAGCACUUCCAGUGACCUUGCAACACUGCUGUUUAUAAGCCCCAUGCUGCCCGGGAAGUGGUGCUGUCUUCCUCCGCAUUUCACAGGGAGGAAACUGAGGUUCAGAGAAUUUCCAUCACUUGCUCCAAAUUACCCAUGCAGGAAAUGGUGGGCCUGGUGUUUGAACCCAGGCAGCAUGACCCAGCCCUGGCCUGAGGUCCUCGCCAUCAUUCAUCUCCUCCAUCGUCAGGUCAGGCCGGGAUCAUUCUCCUUUUCCCACGCUUGGGGAAACUCAGGCCCAGACAGGCGACAUCUCUUGCGCAGGGGUGCAAAGCGCACCCCUGGGUCUUGAGCCCUGCCGGCUGCCAUGUUGGCCAGCCCUCCUGCCUCUUCCCACGGAUGCCCAGCACCUCUGCAGAUAUGCAGCUGCCCCCCGGAAGUGCUGCAGGCUCUAGGGGUUGAGAUCAAGAGCAGAGCGGGGUGUGGCUGUCAGCUUGGAAGAAGCAAAAAGGCUCCUGCCAGUAAAAGGAAGAAGUGAAGUGAGAGUGUGGGGUGCGGGCGUGGGGCGAGCGAGCAGAGAGGUUGCCGGCAGCUGAGAGCUUCCCAACUUCCCCUUCUGCCUUCAGAAGACAGCGGCGUGACAGCGGGACAGCAGCGGCCACACAGAUGAGAAGAAGUGAAGCACAGAAGGGUCAGGCUCCCUGCUUAAUGUCACAGCUCGGGCACUGAAUACUGGAACUGGUUGGCACAUGUACAUCUUGCAAAGGCUCUCUUUUGCGCGCCACCUGUCUCCUCAUCCUCUAUUGGCCUAAAUAGGGCUUUGUUCAUCAAUACAGCAGCGCAGCCCCCCAGUCAUCUUUAGGAGGCGGCACGGCACCGCGGGGAAAGUGCGGGACUUGGAGUCUGGGUUUGGGGCUCGGCUGGACCCCUGGCCUGCCGAAGAACCCUAGGCAAGCUCGUGGGUGAUAUCCAGUUUUGCCACAGUUGGAGCCGUCCUGGGAGUCAGGAACACCCAAAGGUCAGUAGCUGUAGGACACUUCGAGAAGAAUUUUCUCCUGCCUUGGAGCAUCAUUAGCUGGCUGUGGCAGUCUUCCGGAAGCUGAUUGGAGGAGGAGGAGGUCGGGAGCUGGUUCUUGGAGGAGACCGGGCACAGGGCAUGGAUCGCUGGGGGGCCCUUUUCUUCUGUCUGUGCCUGGUGACUUCCCAGAGCUGGACGGCAGAAUCGUCCCAAGACGCCCUGAGCUGGAUGGAGAAGAUGGAGGCGGCGGCCAAGAAACGGAGCCUGAUUUCCUUUGCUGACUUCAUCCAUGGCCUGGAGUGGAGGCUGCUCAACGUCAGCUUUGGGGGCCACAACCUCACCUUGAAGACACACACCAUCCAGACGCUGGCCUUCAAGCUGGGCUGCAACUUCACUGGCCUAUCACUGAGCAGUGACACUCUGGAGCGUGUCCCCCAGGCCCAAGCCCGGCAUGCCAUGCAGUUCCCGGCUGAGCUGACCCGGGAUGCCUGCAGGACCCGCACCAGGGAGCUGCGUCUCAUCUGCAUCUACUUCUUCACCACCCACUUUUUCAAGAAAGACAUCAACUCAUCUCUGCUCAAUAACUAUGUUCUGGGGGCCCAGCUGGGUCAUGGACAUGUGAACAACCUCAGUGAUCGGGUGAACAUCAGCUUCUGGCACAAUCAAAGCCUGGAAAGCUACACGGUGACAUGUGUCUUCUGGAAGGAGGGAGCCAGCAAGGACUACUGGGGGGCCUGGAGCCCUGAGGGCUGUCUCACAGAGCAGCCUUCACCUUCCCAGGUGCUCUGCCGCUGCAACCACCUCACCUAUUUUGCUGUUCUCAUGCAACUCUCCCCAGCCCCGGUCCCUGCCACGUUGCUGGCACCCCUCCUGUACAUCUCCCUGGUGGGCUGCAGCAUCUCCAUCGUGGCCUCGCUGCUCACUGUCCUGCUGCAGUUCCAUGCCAGGAAGCAGAGUGACUCCACAACACGCAUCCACAUGAACCUAAACUCCUCCGUGCUGCUCCUCAACGUCGCCUUCCUGCUGAGCCCGGUGUGGGCCGUGCCCGGGUCAGCAUGCACGGUGCUGGGCGCCACCCUGCACUACACGCUGCUCAGCUGCCUCACCUGGAUGGCCAUCGAAGGCUUCAACCUCUACCUCCUGCUUGGGCGCGUCUACAACAUCUACUUCCGCCGAUACGUGCUCAAGCUCUGCGCCGUGGGCUGGGGGGUCCCGGCCUUCCUGGUGCUGCUGCUUCUUGCCACCAACAGCUCAGUUUAUGGACCCCACAGGAUCCCACUCUCCGAUAGCCAGAGAAAUGGCACGGGCUUCCAGAACAUGUCCAUAUGCUGGGUGCGGAACCCCGGCGUGCACAGUGUCCUGGUCAUGGGCUAUGGUGGCCUCAUGUCCCUUUUCAACCUGGUGGUGCUGGUCUGGGCACUGCGGGUCCUGCGCAGACUGCGGGUGCAGGAGAAGGCGCCGGGCCCCCGGGCCUGCCGGGACACAGUCACCGUGCUGGGCCUCACCGUGCUGCUGGGCACCACCUGGGCCUUGGCCUUCUUCUCCUUUGGCGUCUUCCUGCUGCCCCAGCUCUUCCUCUUCACCAUCUUCAACUCGUUCUACGGUUUCUUCCUCUUCCUGUGGUUCUGCUCCCAGAGGUGCCGCUCAGAGGCGGAGGCGGAGGCGGAGAUGGAGGCAUUCAGCUCCUCCCAGGCGAUGCAGUAAGCUGGACUGUCUGGACCUCCUGGCCUGGAACCUGCAGCGUCUCUUACUGCCUGCAGCCCGAGGCCCCGGCUUCUUCCAGACAAGGUGGCAGGCUAGCUGCUGGACACCAGAGGCCACUGUCACCUCCAAGGGGGGCUUUUCCACCUCUGCGGCUCCCCAGGCCCAGAGGGUAGGGGUUGCUCUGUCUCCCCUGGAAUUCUGCUCCGGGGCAGGUCCAGUCCCACCUGGGGGCAGUAGACUUUCCCCUGAUGCCUGGGCCCACCUGGCCAGGCGUGUGGCCAGAGGGUUGGCCUGGGAGUCAGGAGGUCACAUUUCAACGCCUAGCUCUGAGUCUCACUGUCUGACCUUGGGCCUAUCAUUUCUCACUUGGUUCCAUAUCUGUGACAUGGGGGCAGAUGGCUCUGGUCCUGCCUAACCCCAGAGCUUUGUGCAGAUUGAACGGGACCAGGCAGGAAGGGAUCAGAGUGGGGCGGGAUUCCACCUGGCCUGGCCCUGUUCCCUCCACCUGCCUGCUGGGGGCAGGGUCUUGUCCAGCUGGUCCUAGAAACGCCUGCUGGGCCCUGCCUCCUUCCUCCAGGAGAGGGUCAGCCCUGGUGGCGGGUCCCCAGCCCAGGGUCUGAGAUCUCACUAGCCUGUACUCGAGGCCUCUUUUCCUUUAGCCCCCAAAGUAUGACUCUAACUCCAAGCCCAUCUUUCCCAAAGAUCAGUAAGUCCUGUCCUUCCCAGAAGCUGCUCCUCUGGUGCUUGCAAGACCCACAAAGGCCAUUUAGACCAGAGGCGGCGGGGGCUAUAGGACUUCCCGGAGGUGGGAGGGGAGCACCUAUUUCCCCUCUGUCUGAGCUCCAGUGACCUGGCUAUUGGUGACUGGGCAGGACCGAAUGUCGCCUGGCAGGCGUGAAGGUGUGGGUUCUGUUCUCUCGGAGCUGGUGGGCACCUCAAGUAUUUAUAAGUUGGUAUGAAUUUUACACGUCUUUUGUCAGCCCUCCCCGUUCACUUCCUGUUUGUUAUGUUGGCUUUCACAUAGCCGGUCGCCGUUGUAGAGACUCACCAUGGCCCUUGACCUGUCCUGUCAGACCCAGUGGGAAGCUCCCUCAGGAAGCCAGCGCCCUUUUGGGGCUGCACACCAGGCGGCGCUGUUGGCCCAUGUCAGAAGCCACUGGGUCCAACACCAUGUCUGGAGAUGCUGUGAUCACCUGCCUGUGUGUGUAGACAUGACGCCCCAGAUGGAGAGGUCCUGCCUACAGGACUGCCUGCUGAGUGGCUGGCAGCAGGAACGCCAGCACUGUCUGCACAGCCAUUUCUCUCUUUCCCGAUGCAGCCCCCACGCUGACUCUUGGUGCCUUGUGCUCUGGGCGUAUCUGGUACUAGAGCAAAGGCUGGGAUAGGUCCCCAGGGGCGCACUCCAGGCCCUCAGACAGAUUUUAAUGACUUUGAACAUCACAGGGAAGGAAUUGGAGCUGGAUCAUUUUCUCCCAAGGGGCUCCUCUGCCCUGUGUUCAUUCCUUGAUAGGAAUAGCCCUUCGCCAGGUGGUGAGUGGUACGGGCUCUGGAGCCAGACUGCCUUGGAUCAAAUGCCAGCUCUGUCACUUGUUAGCUGUAUGACAGUGAACAAGCCUGUCUACCUCUCUGUGCCUGAGUUUUCCCAUCUUGUAAAAUAGAGGUAAUGGGACUACCUGUUUUAAAGGUUAAUAAAACAAUUCGUAUACAGAGGCGUA